AGCAAGUCCACGGGUCAGUACCACUCGCUGAAGGGUACCGCCGUCGAGACCAUCGGUGACCUCACCGGUGCGUCGACCUGGCAGCAGUCCGGCAAGGACGAGCAUGCGCAGGGCGAGGCUGAGUACCAGGCCGCCCAGGCGCAAAAAUACGCCGAGGGUUUCAUCGACCGCUUGGCGGGCAAGAAGGACGCCGUACUCGGUGCUGUCAUGGGUGACCGCCAGCAAGAAGCUGCAGGAAACGUGCAGCACGACAAGGGACAGGCACAGCAGCAAGCUAACAAGCCUUCUGUCUGA